AUGGGUACAAAUAGUUCAAUGGGGGUCAAUUCAAAGAAAAGUUCGACUUCUAUCAAGAACACCAAGCAGCUGCCUGCCGACGUGGUGGAAAAUUGUGCGGUACGGGAGGCAUCAGUGACCUCUCCCUCAGGGAACGAUGAGGAUCAGUUUAUGAUCAAAUGUAGGUCGCCUCAUGCUGACUCUGGUCAUCCAGCUAACUCUGUCCAGGUUAGACAGGUGGUUUCCGCUUUUGAGGAAGGUAUGAUCAUCAAUGAGGAUAAAGAGUUGUUGGAGAAUGCGGAGGGUACUUGCCUGGAAGACCUGCAUGAUGGUGCUGCGGCUGGUAGGAAACAGUUUGUGGAAGACCUGCAUGAAUGUGAGACGGUGGAGGAAGCCAGCCUGGAGUGGCCUCACCUUGUUAAAUGA